CAGUGACAAAUUGCAAUUCUUAUUUCUUAUUUGUAUUCAGAGACUUCAGAGACGAAAUAAGAAUUUUCAAUUAAAAACAUGUAAUUUGUAGUAGAAAGUACACGUGUAAAUUUGUAAGUGGUUUCAUCGAAGAUAUGUUCGAAGGUCGUAAACAAUUUUCAAUAUUUUCUUGACAAACAAAUAGUUAUCAUAGGGACACGUAAUUGUUAAAAAUCUCGAGAUUUCUUGAUUCAUAUGUUGUCAACAUGAACCGAUUAAAACUAUAUGUUUUGUUGUUGUGCUUUGUGCUGUCGGCGGCUGAGUUAAAAGGUCCCGAUGGUCAAAAAACAUCAGAUAAGACGGAGAAUAAGGACAGUGAGGAUACCUCUGUCCCUAAAACGAAAUCAGAUCAAGAGACCUAUAAAGAUCUAACUAAUGCUCUCAACAAGGAAAUACAGUUUUUACAAGACUACGCGACCGCUAUACAAAUAUCCAAAGCUUUUGAUCAGGAAAUUGAGCCAGAAAUUGAUCUGCAAAAAAUGGAAACACAAUUGGAAAAGUUGAAAGAUUUAAAGACUACUUUAUUAAACACUGCAGAUCCAGCUUGGACUGAAGAAGAAAAGGAAUCAGCAGGGAACAGCAAAUCAGAGAAAAAGGAGUUCAAUCCUCAAGAAAUACUUGAUGCAUUGCAACCACUACCCGAGGAAUUGGAGCUGGAUUUGACAGCUGAUAUGAAAGAAGCCAAAGCUCAGUAUGAAGCCGCAAUAUCCAAGUUGGAGCGACGUGCUCCUGACCUCGUCGGUGCAAUACUUCAAAUUAAGCAUUCAGCUGAACGUGGGUAUGUGCCGGCAAAAAUCAAACUGGCAUGGUCUUAUAUCUUUGGGGAAGGAGUCGAGCUUGAUGUGGAUAAGGCGAGGAAGAUAUUUGAAGAGCUUUUAGAGAAAGGCAAUGCGGAAGCUCAUGCGGGCAUGGGAUUCCUUUACGCCACUGGUACAUCGGUUCCAGUGUCUCAAGCUCGUGCUCUGGUCCACUACACUUUAGGAGCCAUAGCUAAUUCGGACUACGCCCAAAUGGCCCUCGCAUAUAGAUACUGGGCCGGUGUGACUUUACCAGCCUCCUGUGAAAAGGCCAUGGACCUCUAUAUGAAGGUUGCUCAUAAAGUGGCCGGCGGCGUGACCUUGAGCGGCGGCCUGGCCGUGCAGCGUGUGCGGCUGGUGGACGAGGCCGAGGGAGGAGCCUCCGCCCUCGAUACCGACCUCAUAGAGUACUACCAGCUGCUGGCUGAGAAGGGCGAUGUGCAGGCACAGGUCGGCCUGGGGCAGCUUCACUUCACCGGGGGUCGCGGAGUGACCCUCGACCUCAACAAGGCGCUGCAUUACUUCACACAGGCAGCUAAAACCGGAAACGCCGUCGCCAACGCGUUCCUGGGAAAGAUAUAUCUGGAAGGAGGUGAUGGCAUUAAAGCCGAUAACGAGACGGCCAUGAGAUACUUCAAGAAGGCCGCCGAGAUGAACAAUCCCAUAGGCCAGAGCGGGCUGGGAGUGAUGCAUCUGCAGGGCCGUGGCGUCGCCAAGGACCCAACAGCCGCCUUCAAGUACUUCGCCAUGGCGGCCAACCAGGGCUGGGUUGAGGGACAACUACACCUCGGGUUUAUGUAUUUCGGCGGUAUCGGCGUCCGUCGGGACUUCAAGCAGGCGAACAAGUACUUCAGCCUGGCGUCCCAGUCCGGACACGUGCUGGCUCUGUACCACCUGGCGCUGAUGCACGCCCAGGGGCUCGGAGUCAUGAGAUCGUGCGCCACCGCCGUGGAGUUGUUGAAGAACGUCUGCGAGCGCGGUCCGUGGAGCUCCCGUCUGAUGUUGGCGCACGCGGCGUGGAGCGCCCGGGACACGGACUCUUCCCUGCUGCAGUACCUGGCGCUGGCGGAGAGGGGCAUGGAGGUGGCUCAGAGCAACGCGGCCUACAUCCUGGACGUAGGAGAGGGGAACGUGGACGCGGACACGAGACACGCGCGCGCGCUGCAGCUGUGGUCGCGGGCCGCGUCUCAAGGCUGCGCCGCCGCCCGCGUCAAGCUCGGUGAUUACCACUACUACGGGCUCGGCACGCCGAAGGACCUGGACGCCGCGGCUCACCACUACCGCCUCGCCUCGGAGCACCUGCACUCGGCGCAGGCGACCUUCAACCUCGGGUUCAUGCACGAGCGAGGCCUAGGCCUGGUCAGGGACCUCCACCUCGCCAAGCGGUGUUACGACCUGGCCGCGGACGCGUCUCCUGACGCCAGACUGCCCGCGGCACUGGCCCUGGCCCGCCUACACGCACACUCCGCCAUCGAAUCCCUACUAGAAUCCCUGUCUCAGAGUCCUCUGGCAGUCAUCUUCAUAUCGGGCGACUCCAUACUGUUGUCCAACUGGGACCUCUAUCUCAUGACGGUGCUGGUCGGAGCCCUCGGCUUCGUGAUAUACUUGCGACGACCUCACCAGCAAGCCAACUGAUCUUAUCACUUAUAUAUAGACACGUGUCUGUAAGCUGCAAUAUUUAAUACCAAAACGAGACUAAUCGGUUAGCAGGUCCGUUAGAAAUCUCACUUUGGUAUUUAAUUUAACCAUAGACAAAAAUGCCGCUUCUAUUUAUUAUGGUUACACAGCAUAGACGUAAGUCAGUUUGUUAAUAUAUUUUUUUCACGUUUAAUUAUCUGUAUUCUAAUUACUUUUCGGUAGUCUGUGUCGGCAGCGCGAUGACGUCAGAUCGUUAAUGUAAUGUUUGUAAAUAAACAUAUUUUAAGUUAA